ACUCCUCCUCUCUGAGAUCAGCUAGAGAUUACUUUAAUGCAGCCAAGCAAGAGGGAGCCAUGGGUUUUGUUCUUUUCUUCUCUUUAGAAACAUGGAUACUGCUGAUCACAUUUAUCUGCAUAUUUGUUAUGUACGGCCACUGGACCUUUGGUAUAUUUGAGAAGAUGGGGAUCCCAGGUCCAAAGCCAGUCAUGUACUGGGGGACAAUAGCCAGGCACAACCGUGUUCACUUCUUAGAUGACUAUGAAUGUGCUCAAAAGUAUGGGAGAAUAUGGGGUGUGUAUGAGUUCAGGAAACCCAUGCUGGCUGUGAUGGAUCCUGACAUGCUGAAAACCAUCCUGGUGAAGGAGUGCUUCACCUACUUUACCAACCGCAGGAACUUUCGUCUGAACGGAGAUCUCUAUGACGCAGUGUCUCUGGCUGAGGAUGAUCAGUGGAGACGGAUUCGUAACAUCCUCUCUCCCUUCUUCACCUCUGGCCAUCUAAAAGAAAUGUUUAGCAUCAUGAAGCAUCAUUCGCGCAAACUGACAGACAGCCUGCAGUCCAAGGCGCACAAUGAUGAGGUCAUUAUUGUGAAAGACUUCUUUGGACCCUACAGCAUUGACGUGAUGGCAAGCUGUAUAUUCAGUGUGGAUUUUGACUCAAUCAAGAACCCUUCCAAUCCCUUCAUCACCCACGCAAACCAGUUGUUUAAAUUUCCCCUUCUUCUUUAUAUUUUUCAAGCAUGCUUUCCAAUUUUUCUUCCUCUUUUGGAGCGUUUGGGUGUCUCCUUGUUCCCCAAGUCUUCUACCGCUUUCUUAAAGUCAGUUGCGGAGAAGGUCAAAGCAGAACGCAACAGCUCGUCCCAGACUUCAGAUGAUAUGCUUGAGCAUUUGAUCAAGUGUCAGACAGCCAGUGAAAACGACAAAGAAAAGAAGCAUAAGGGUCUUACUGAACACGAGAUCAUUUCCCAAGUGACCAUGUUUGUGUUUGCUGGCUACGAGACAAGUGCCAUCGCUCUUGUUUUCUUGGCUUACAGUUUGGCAAGAAAUCCUGAAAUCAUGAAACGGCUUCAAAGAGAAGUAGACUCCACUUUCCCAAACAAGGGUCCAGUCGAGUACGAAGCUCUGAUGCAGAUGGAGUACCUGGACAGUGUGGUCAGUGAGUGCCUGAGGCUGUACCCCUCAAUUCCACGUCUGGAACGAGUGGCUAAGGAAACUGUAAAAAUCAGUGAAAUCACAAUCCCAAAGGGCAUGCUUGUUAUGGUUCCAGUCUACGCUCUGCACCGUGACCCGGAGCUGUGGCCAGAGCCAGAGGAGUUCAAACCUGACAGAUUUAGUAAGGAAAACAAACAGAACAUCAACCCGUAUACUUACCUUCCAUUUGGGGCUGGGCCAAGGAGCUGCAUGGGGACGCGAUUUGCUCUGAUGAUGGUUAAACUGGCCAUGGUGGAAGUUUUGCAGAACUUCAGCUUCUCAGUCUGCAAAGAAACAGAGAUCCCAUUAGAGAUGGAUGUUGCAGGCUUUGUGUCUCCGGUUCGACCAAUCAAACUAAAGCUGAAGAUGCGUUCCAUCAGCUCAGCAAAUGUGGAUCCAUGUAACUAGAAAGCACUCAGACAGAUGAUAAACUCGAAUCAGAUUCAAACUACAAGAAUUUAAUAUGCAAGAAAAACUCUGGGUAUGAAAAUACCAAUUUAGUAUCUUUUAUUAAUGAUCAUCUACUCAGUUUUUGUCAGUUGGUUAGCAUUUAAAAAAGCAGUAAAUAAUCACUAAUCACUGUUUGAUAUGUCACAUCAUUAAGAAGUAAUGACACAGAGUGCCUCACUAACAUAUAGAAAAAGGUGGACAUUGUAGAAAAGAUUUAAACUACAUAAAUAUUUGGAAAGAGACAACUUUUUGUAAAUAAUUUUGUUUCUGUACAUUACCACAAUACAUUUUAAAUGAAACACCUGAGAUGCAGUUGAAGGGCAGACUUUCACCUUUAAUUCAGUGGGUUGAACAAAAAGAUUGUGUAAAAGUGUGAGGAACUAAAGUAUACUUUAACAUCAUGUCAGGAGCUCAAAAGUAAUUGGACAAAUUAAAUAAGUGAAAAUAUAAUGUUCAUUUCUAAUACUUGGUUGAAAACCCUUUAAUGACAGCCUGAAGUCUUGAACUCAUGAACAUCACCAGAUGCUGGGUUUCCUCUUUUUUAAUGCUCUGCCAGGCCUUUACUGCAGCGGCUUUCGGUUGCUGUUUGUUUGUGGGCCUUUCUGUCUGAAGUAAAAUGCUCAGUUGGGUUAAGAUCAGGUGACUGACUUGGCCAUUGAAGAAUAUUCCACUUUAAUAAACUCCUGGGUUGCUUUGGCUUUAUAUUUCAGGUCAUUGUGUAUGUGUAUUAUAAAAAGGCCACCAACUCAAUUUGACUGCAUUUAGCUGGAUUUGAGCAGACAGUAUAUCUAUGAACACCUCCGCCUUCAUUCAGCUGCUUCUGUCCUGUGUCACACCAUCAAUAAACACUAGUGUCCCAGUGCCACUGGCAACCAUGCACACCCGAGCCAGUCUAACCUUUCUGUUCUUGAGGCUUAUGGUUAGCUUUGGUUGGUUAGCUACAUGCAGUCUUCUCUUUAUGGUAGACUUGGAUAUCGAUACGCCUACUCCCUGGAGAGUGUUGUUCACUUGCUGGUUGUUUUGAAGGGGUUUCUCUUUACCAUGGAAAUAACUCUGUGAUUAUCCACCACUGUUGGCUUCCGUUGAUGUCCAGGUCUUUUGGCAUUGCUGAGUUCACCUGUGCUUCCUUUGUUUCUCAGGAUGUACCAAAGUGCAGAUUUUGUCAUUCCCAGUAUUGUAAGAUUUGUCAGAUGGGUUUUUCUGUUUUCACAGUUUAAGGAUGGCUUGUUUCACUUGCAUGGAGAGCUCCUCUGACCUCAUGUUGUCUCCUCACAGCAAAAUCUUCCAAAUGCAAGCAACACACCUCAAAUCAACUCCAGACCUUUUAUUUGUUUAAUUGAUAAUGACACCAUGAAGGAAUUGCCCACACCUGCUCAUUAAAUAACCUUUGAGUCAAUUGUCCAAAAAACCAAACUAAUAGAUCUAUAAUGAAAGGGUCAUGGAUGAAGGCUUAAUCUAAAGGCUUUAAUUUUACACAUGUUAAAUUACACUUUUUUUGGAAAGGUGAUACAUAAACAUAUUUGGGAGACGGCAUCUCUUCACUGUGAGAGCUCUAAAAAAGCCGAGAGAGUGGGAGGAAGAGAGUGGGUGUGGAUGCUGCUUAUCUUCCUGGAGGAGCAUUUUUCGUUUGUUUUAUUCUUAUUAACCCUGCUGUUCAUUAAUAAACUAUUCUUGCAACAGA